GCAUCCAAUAAACCAUUAACCCAACAUGCUCAAACUCUUCAAGUCCUUCUCCGACUGCUGGUGCGGAGCCACCUUCGCCGGCGAUUCAAAGAAGAAAACCCUCCCAGUGCGGCGCGUCGCCGCCAUCGAAAGCUCGCCGCAGCGGAUCUCGUUAUCCAAUUUCAGCAACUCAACGACUUCUUUAACACCAGAGGACCUCUCUCUCUCAUUACCUGGCUCCGACCUCCAUAUCUUCAGCAUGGAAGAACUGAAGGCCAUCACAAGAGGCUUCUCCACGAGCAACUUUAUUGGUAGCGGCGGGUUCGGUCCGGUCUACCGAGGGUCGGUCGACGAGAAGCUGCGGCCCGGUCUGACGCCGCAGUCAGUGGCCGUUAAGCUUUUAGACCUCGAAGGGUCGCAAGGACACAGGGAAUGGCUGGCGGAAGUGAUAUUUCUUGGGCAAUUAAAGCACCAAAAUCUGGUAAAAUUGAUUGGAUACAGCUACGAGGAAAAGCAUCGGCUUCUGGUGUAUGAGUACAUGUCAAAGGGGAGUUUGGAGAAUCAUCUCUUUAAGAACGUAUUCGUUUCGCUGCCUUGGUUGACAAGGUUAAAGAUAGCAGUUGGAGCUGCCAAGGGUCUGGCCUUCCUGCAUGAGGCUGACAAACCAGUAAUUUAUCGAGAUUUCAAGGCAUCUAACAUACUGUUAGAUGAGGACUACAAUGCAAAGCUCUCAGAUUUUGGUUUGGCAAAGGACGGCCCCGAAGGCGAUGAAACACAUGUCACAACACGUGUUAUGGGAACUCGUGGUUACGCAGCUCCAGAGUACAUCAUGACUGGCCAUCUCACUGCAAAGAGCGAUGUCUACAGUUUCGGUGUUGUGCUGCUCGAGUUGCUUACAGGACGAUGCUCGGUGGACAAAAGUAGGCCAAACAGGGAGCAGAAUCUUGUCGGAUGGGCGAAGCAUUACUUGUUUAAUCCAAAUAAAGUUGAUCGUAUAAUGGACCCAAGACUCGACGGACAAUAUUCAACUAAAGGAGCCCAAAUGGCAUCGAAAAUAGCCCACCAAUGCUUAUGCCAUAGCCCAAAAUCAAGGCCCGAUAUGAAAGCCGUUGUCGAAGCCCUCGAGCCUCUGUUGGACCUAAAGGAUAUACCCAUGGGCCCAUUUGUAUACACAGUGGUGACUGAAAAUAGAGGAGGAGAAGUGAGGGAGAAAGUAGUACAGAAGAACGAGGAGAGUAGUGAGAGAAAGGAGAAGGGAGAAGUGAAAGAAAGAUGGGAAAAGAAAAGUUGUUGGGCACAGACACAAGAUAAAGUUUUCGCAGUCGGGCGGGCAAUCUGAUACAGCACUUUACAAGGUUUACAGGCCGAGCAACACACAGAGGAAGUUGACACCUCCUGAGAAAUAAUUAAUGGGAGAUAGAAAUUAAAUUUUGUAGUUAUAAAUAUGAUUUUGUGAUGUGGCGUAAGAGACCUUGUCAUGAUCAUUGAUUUUGUUAAUUACUGUGGAAGUGAA